AUGGGAGCUGAACGGAGGCGGGGCGGGGCCAGCUGACUCCCUGUGUGUAGCGGUAUAUAUAAAAGGAGAGAAGAAAGGAGCCCUGCCAGCCUGCCCAACACCAUCUGAGGAGUGCACCGGGAGGGAGAUAAGAGAGCCUGCAACAUCCACUAAGGGCACCUACAACCGGACUAAGCUCCCCUCGUACACUUACAAUCAUGCGUGAGAUCGUGCACAUCCAGGCUGGCCAGUGCGGUAACCAGAUUGGCGCUAAGUUUUGGGAAGUUAUCAGUGAUGAACAUGGAAUCGAUCCGACAGGCAGUUACCAUGGUGAUAGUGAUUUGCAACUAGAAAGGAUCAAUGUGUAUUAUAACGAAGCCACUGGUAACAAAUAUGUACCUCGUGCCAUCCUUGUGGACUUGGAGCCUGGCACUAUGGAUUCUGUCAGAUCAGGACCAUUUGGACAAAUAUUUAGACCUGACAAUUUUGUGUUUGGUCAGAGUGGUGCUGGAAACAACUGGGCCAAAGGCCAUUACACAGAAGGAGCUGAGUUGGUUGACUCUGUUUUAGAUGUAGUAAGAAAAGAAGCAGAAAGCUGUGACUGUCUACAAGGUUUUCAGUUAACACAUUCCCUGGGAGGUGGCACUGGCUCUGGCAUGGGAACUCUUCUCAUCAGUAAGAUUAGAGAAGAGUACCCAGACAGAAUUAUGAAUACAUUCAGUGUAAUGCCAUCUCCUAAGGUCUCAGAUACUGUGGUUGAACCAUAUAAUGCUACACUCUCCGUUCACCAGUUGGUGGAAAACACAGAUGAAACUUACUGUAUAGACAAUGAAGCUCUCUAUGACAUCUGCUUCCGCACUUUAAAGCUAACAACACCAACCUACGGUGACCUCAAUCACUUGGUAUCAGCGACAAUGAGUGGGGUAACAACAUGCCUUCGAUUCCCAGGUCAGCUUAAUGCUGAUCUACGUAAAUUAGCUGUAAACAUGGUGCCUUUCCCACGUCUGCACUUUUUCAUGCCUGGUUUUGCCCCACUAACCAGUCGUGGCAGCCAACAAUACCGUGCCCUAACAGUGCCCGAACUCACUCAACAAAUGUUUGAUUCCAAGAACAUGAUGGCAGCGUGUGAUCCUCGCCAUGGUCGUUACCUCACUGUAGCAGCCAUAUUCAGAGGACGCAUGUCCAUGAAAGAGGUUGAUGAGCAGAUGCUAAAUGUCCAGAAUAAAAAUAGCAGCUACUUUGUUGAAUGGAUCCCUAACAAUGUGAAGACCGCAGUUUGCGACAUUCCACCACGAGGCCUCAAAAUGUCUGCCACCUUUAUUGGCAACAGCACUGCCAUUCAAGAACUUUUCAAGAGAAUCUCAGAGCAGUUUACAGCCAUGUUCCGCCGUAAAGCUUUCUUGCAUUGGUACACUGGCGAAGGCAUGGAUGAAAUGGAGUUCACUGAAGCAGAAAGCAACAUGAAUGACUUGGUAUCAGAAUAUCAACAGUACCAAGAUGCAACCGCUGAUGAACAAGGCGAGUUUGAGGAGGAAGAAGGAGACGAUGACGCUUGAUGAUAUCAAAAUGCUAAUAAGAUUUUAAGAAAUAAAAAGGCACUGUUUUUAAAUUGUCAGUAAAUCUGUUCAUAAUUCUGUACAAGCAUGCUUCUCAUUUUCUAUGGUCCAUGGUCCCAGAAAAAAUAUUUUGUAACAAUGUCAAGUAACAUUUGUUGUUCUAGAAUCUCUUCUAGUUCACACUAAAAUUAGGAGGAUGGUAGAAUUGGUUUUGACGACUCUUAGAUGUUGUUUUUCAUUGGAUGAAAUCAUAAAGUAUCUGUGUGCUGAG